AUGAUCAGUAACGUGCAAGAGGCUGGAGUCCCAGGAAUGCAGAGAUCUCAGAGGGAUAAGGGCCUGGUGGAGGCUGUAGAUUGCUCGUUUCCACCUUUGAUUGAGAAUGGGCGGAUUGCAUUUAUUACCGAGACCAAUGUCACCACCUAUAGAUCCACAAUUCGGUACCAGUGCAAUGAACCUUAUUACCAACUAGAAUCAGACCGUAACCUGUGCGGCAAGCCGAGUAACCCUAUCAUCUUCCGCGAGAGGGUCCUCAAGGGGUCGGUGGCAAAGAGGGGCAACUUUCCCUGGCAGGUCCUCAUCCAGCAGCCAAGUGGUGCCGGGGCGCUUAUUUCAGACCAGUGGGUCCUCACUGCAGCCCACGUGGUUCACGAGGUGUCCAGCUUGCCCAUGGUAGCGGGGAUCACGAAUUCGAAGGACCUGAGGCACGGGACCCGGCUCCACCACGACAAAAUCUUCAUCCACCCCGGUUACGAGCAGCCCACAGGUGAAGGCUACAACUACGACAACGACAUCGCCCUGGUUCGGCUCAGGUCCAAGGUCCAGCUGGGCCCCGACCUCUCGCCCGUGUGCCUCCCGGCCAGGGACCCGCAGCACGCGGUGCCCGUCACCAAGGUGGGGCUGGUCUCCGGCUGGGGGAUCACCGAGAACCACACGCUGCCCAGCGACCUGAUGUUUGCGCGGCUGCCCGUGAAGGACCUGGAGGAGUGCCGCAACCAAACCUCGGGCCACCAGGUCACCAUCACCGGCAACAUGAUCUGUGCUGGCGACGACAGAGGCUCAGACAGUUGCCAGGGCGACAGCGGGGGGGCUUUUGUGUUUGCCCUCCCCAGGCCCAGGCAGAACCAGUUUUUUGUUGGUGGCAUUGUCUCCUGGGGUAUUAGAUGUGGCACUGUCGGCUUCUACACAAAAGUGGUCAACUAUCUGGACUGGAUUCGAUUUCACACUGGCCGGUCAAUCGAGGCCUGUCCUGCAUGGAUCGCGAGCGGCAGCGCUGAGCGCUUACCUGGACGGGCGGGGUUUCCUUAG